AUGGCGGUGGCCGACGAGGCGGCGGCGCUGCAGUUCACACCGACGUGGAUCGUGGCGGCGGUCUGCACCAUCCUCGUGCUCAUCUCCCUCGCCGCCGAGCGGGGCCUCCAUCACCUCGGCAAGACGCUCAUGAAGAACCAUCAGAGGCCGCUCUACGAGGCGCUCCUCAAGGUCAAAGAAGAGCUGAUGCUUCUGGGGUUCAUCUCCCUGCUGCUCACGGUGUUGCAGGGGACGAUCCAGAGGACAUGCAUUCCUCCCAGCUGGACAGACUACAUGCUGCCGUGCCAAAGACCGGGGCACGACGACGAGGCUCCUGCGGCGGCCGCCAUGGCGGCGCGUCUUGUCGCCGCCGAUAUCCUCGGUAGGAUCAGUAAGGCACGGACGCUCAGCGAGGCUGGAGCCGAGGCCGGGCUGUGCGAAAUGGAGGGGAAAGUUCCACUGCUGUCCGGAGAAGCCUUGCAUCAGCUGCACAUCUUCAUAUUUGUUCUGGCUGUCUCGCAUGUAUUUUUCUGUGCUACAACUAUGCUUUUAGGAGGUGCAAAGAUACACAAAUGGAAAAAGUGGGAGGAGGAAAUUCAGAAAAACGCUGCAGGAAACGGAUCUAAGAAGGUGUUACCUAUGCAUCAAGUUUCAUUUAUCAGAGAACAUUACGAGGUUAUUGGCACAGAUUCUAAGACGUUGUGUUGGCUGCAGCUGCAUUCAUUUCGUAAGCAGUUUUAUGGUUCAGUAGCUAAAUCAGACUACGCCGCAAUGCGUCUUGGUUUUAUCAUGACUCACUGUCGCGGAAACCCGAAAUUUGAUUUCCACAAGUACAUGGUGAGGGUUUUAGAGUCUGAUUUUAAAAAAAUAGUCGGUACAAGCUGGUGCUUGUGGAUCUUCGUGGUGAUAUUUCUGUUGCUCAAUGUCAAUGGUUGGCACACAUACUUUUGGAUGGCUUUCCUUCCCCUUGUUUUUCUGUUAGCCGUUGGCACAAAGCUGGAGCACGUGAUAGCUCAGUUAGCCUACGACGUAGCCGAGAAGCAGACGGCGAUCGAGGGCGAUUUGGUUGUGACGCCAUCGGACCAGCACUUCUGGUUCGGGCGGCCGCGGAUCAUCCUGCACCUCAUCCACUUCAUCCUAUUUCAGAACGCGUUUGAGCUCGCCUUCUUCUUCUGGAUACUGAUGACCUAUGGAUUCGAGUCCUGCUUCAUGGACAACAUCGGUUUCCUUGUGCCCAGGCUCGUCCUCGGGGUCGUCAUUCAGCUUCUCUGCAGCUACAGCACACUGCCUCUUUAUGCAAUUGUAACCCAGAUGGGGAGCUACUACAAGAUGGAGAUCUUCAACGAGCAUGUGCAGCACGGCGUCUUGGGCUGGGCAGAGAAAGCCAAGAAAAGAUCGGGGAAGGAGGGCGGCAGCUCCCCGACCGCCGAAUCCAUGCACGGCGAAGAUGCGGCCUAG